CCUAGCCUAUAAAUACAGAGACCAGUGCGAGAGAAUUCCUCCCUCCCUCCAGCAGCGGUCACAGCUGAUCUGUUCAAGUGACACUGGGGGUCAGACGAGUUCAAGGUCGAUAAUACAGCAAUAUGGCGACGUGCGUGGCAAGGCGACUUCUGAGAGAGGGAAACAAGCUCGUUUUCUUGUCACGAAAUUGUCAGAAAGUCACACCGCAGAAAAGGUCUUUUUCGCUUGCAAAAUGUUUAGCCUCUCGAUUUUUUACAGAAAAGCAUGAGUGGGUGUCGCUAGAGAAUGGCACGGGCACAGUGGGAAUCUCAAACUAUGCUCAAGAACAGCUAGGAGAAAUUGUGUACGUGGAAUUUCCCGAAGUGGGCAGUACACUAGAGGCCCAAGAUGUGUCCGGCUGUCUGGAGAGUGUGAAAGCUGCCAGUGAAAUCUACUGCCCUGUUGGGGGUGAGGUGACGGAGGUGAACAGUGCCUUGGAGGACAAGCCUGGUCUGGUCAACACCUCCCCUUUGGAGGAAGGCUGGUUGUUCAAGUUGAAACUUUCGUCUGACGUGAGCACGGAUGGGCUGAUGGAUGAGGAGGCCUAUAACAAAUUUGUGGGCUCCUUAGACCAUUGAGGGAAUGGCCACGGUCACCCUGAGGUCAAACAGCAUUCCCCUAGACUUGUUGCUUACUUAGCUUUAAUGUGUUCUCUAUUCUCUUCUCAGUAUUUAUGAUCCUCUUCAUUGAAUGUUAGUUUUGCAAAAAAGAGGUGCAUUCCAUAUAUAUGGAUGUCUGCAUUUUCGUCUUACUUAAAAAACUGUAUUUUCUCACUGCUGAAGUGACAUGUACUGUAGUCUCUGUGAGGUACGGCGGCCAAAGCUGUCAGUUAUUGAGACACUUCCUCUCUGCCUCACAUGCCUGAUAGACUUGUAGAGACACUUCCUCUCUGCCUCACAUGCCUGAUAGACUUGUAGAGACACUUCCUCUCUGCCUCACAUGCCUGAUAGACUUGUAGAGACAUUACAUCUCUGCCUCACAUGCCUGAUAGACUUGCUGACACACUACAUCUCUGCCUCACAUGCCUGAUAGACUUUCUCUCUGCCUGACAGCGGAACCAUUCCUUCCUCCAGUUGUUAGGCCUACAUGGCAAGUCAAGCUGUCAAGACUGACUUUUGGGAAAGGGCAAGCGCAGGAAAGGAUGUGGAAAGACAGAUCUGACCUAUUCCUCCACAAAAGCAAUAAGAGGGUACAUUAUAUUGGGAUGGAAUAGGUGGGAGAAUUGGGAUGUCUUCUUAUUUCUGUUCAUUAUUAUAUUUUUUCUUGUUAUUUAUGUUGCUUGUAGUCGUGUUGUUUAUACUGGAUGUCAAUUAACAUACCUGGAAGUUUGUUUUGUGAUUUACAUCUUUGUCUUGUAACGGUGCCUUUUGUUGACUUGUACUGGGUAGCGCACAAAAUAAAUCUAUAAAUACAUGUGA